AUGUCUCCCAAGGAUCUUUCCGUCGAGGAGUCUGUCUUCAGAUUCCUGUUACCAUUAUCAGGCUCAUCACCAGCUCUAGAUGUUCCCAAAGAGGAUUCUCUCUUCGGAUCACCGGUGUUGGCCCCAAAAUCACCACCAGCUCCAGAUGUUCCCAAAGAGGAUUCUCUCUUCGGAUCACCGUUGCCCCCAAACUCACCACCAGCUCCAGAUGUUCCCAAAGAGGAUUCUCUCUUCGGAUCACCGACGUUGGCCCCAAACUCAUUACCAGCUCCAGAUGUUCCCGCAGAUGAGCCUCUCACCUGCCUACCGGUGUUUUCCCUAAGCUCACCAACAGCUGCAGAUGAGCUUCUCCCCUGGUCACCGAGGUUGCGCCCAAACCCAUCAACAGCUCUAGAUAUUCCCGCAGAUGAGCCUCUCUCCUGGUCAACGAUGUUGUCCCCAUACCCGUCAACAGCUCUAGAGCCUUCCGCAAUGGAGUCUUCCUCCAAUACACCUGUACCACAAGAGCCUUCCGCAAUGGAGUCUUCCUCCAACUCACCUGUACCACAACCACCUGUCUCGUCGGAUGAGGGACCCAUCGCCAUAAUGAAGGAAUCCCUCCGUUCUUCUCAGGAAAAAGCAGUAAGGGCGCUGGCCGACGGAGAGUCGCCCCAAAUCGACUUUAAGCCUGAGAAUUGGGGACUGGAUGAGGCAAAAGUAGACAACAUCAAACAACAGACGAAUCGCAUCAUCAAGACAUACGCCCGCAUUCCAAAGCCAGAGAGGAACAGGGUUCCUAAAAAGCUAAAAGACAAAGAACCAGAGUUCGACCUUGGGGAUGCCAUGGAGCGCCUCAGAGCUCGGCGCACGUUGAAAACUGUUGACCGACUGAAACUGAGUGAAAAACAACGAAAUGCUGUGGUGAUCCAGGGUCGACGAUUCAUUGCAGAAGAGCUAGCGAGAAGACGCCAGAAGAAACAAGAGGAAGAGGCAGAGAACAUGAAUGCCAUGAACUACAGGUACUGGCAGAAUGGCACCAAUGGCACCAAUGGCACCAAUGGCAUCAAUGGCAUCAAUGUUAUGAAUAUCAUGAACGGUAUGAAUGUCAUGAAUGGCAUGAAUGGCAUGAAUGGUAUGAAUGCCAUGAACUACAGGUACUGGCAGAAUGGCACCAAUGGCACCAAUGGCACUAAUGGCAUCAAUGUUAUGAAUAUCAUGAACGGUAUGAAUGGCAUGAAUGGCAUGAAUGGCAUGAAUGGCAUGAAUGGCAUGAAUGGCAUCAAUGGUAUGAAUGCCAUGAACUACAGGUACUGGCAGAAUGGCACCAAUGGCACCAAUGGCACCAAUGGCAUCAAUGUUAUGAAUAUCAUGAACGGUAUGAAUGUCAUGAAUGGCAUGAAUGGCAUGAAUGGUAUGAAUGGUAUGAAUGGCAUGAAUGGCAUGAACUACAGGCAGUGGCAAUAA